UAGGCGGGGCUUUGGGAUGUCAUCGGGUUUGGGAGAGAUUUGUUUAUCAGUUCCAGAAGACCAGGAGGGCAUAGACUGUACAGGCUGAUUAAAAAGUGCUGCUUGAAGAUGGAAUUCUCUGCAAUCCUCGCUGUGUUGGUCACCUUCCUCAUCACUUGCCACCUAGUCCUCUCAUUGUGGAGACAGCACAGACGGUACAGGUCACUGCCCCCCGGACCUACCCCGAUACCUUUCUUGGGCACCCCAAAGUAUUUAGAUCAGCAUACGGCCGAUAAAAACUACACCUUGCUCAACCAAAAAUAUGGCUCAAUGUUCACCAUCUGGAAGUUGACGGAGCCGGUGGUGGUCCUCUGCGGUUAUGAGGUGGUAAAAGAUGCCCUGCUCAACCACGCUGAGGAGUUUAGCGCUCGCCCAUUUAUCCCCACAAUGCACAUCCCCAGCGAAGGAUACGAUAUUAAUGGUCACCGAUGGCGUCCUCUUCGGCGCUUCACCAUCUCGUCCCUGAGGAACUUUGGGAUGGGGAAGAAGACCAUGGAAUUCCGCGUGCUGCAGGAAGCAAAGCAUGUCAUCCAGGAGAUGUCCGAGACAGAAGGAAAAUCGUUUAAUCCUCUAGAGAUCCUGGCCUGCGCAGUUGGGAAUAUUAUGAGCUCUGUGUUGCUUGGGGAACAUUUUGACUAUAAAGACCCAAAGUUACAUGAGCUGAUGGCCUCCACCAGCCGACAUAUUAAAAGCAGUUUGUGCACAUCUCAUAUGUUCUGCAAUGUCUUCCCGUUCCUCCUCAAACUUCCAAUGUUGCCAAAGAUCCUCUUUAAAGAAAGGACCUACCUGCAGAAUUUUUUGCUAAAAUACAUCGAGGAGCACAAGCGCAAAUUGAAGCCUGAGGCCCCCCGAGAUUUUACCGAUCAUUUUCUGAUCAAGAUGAAAGAGGAAGAGCAUGAAGAGGACCCAGAUUUCUGUGAUUUGAGUCUCCUGAAUGUCCUGGUGGGACUGUUGGCAGCGGGUUCUGAGACCACCGCUUCUACCAUGAAAUUCAGCCUGGCCUGCAUUGCCCACUAUCCUGAUGUCCAGAUGAAGGUCCAGCAUGAGAUUGAUGACUUGUUGCAGUCACAGCGCCUACCUGGAAUCGAAGACAGACUACAACUGCCAUACACCAAUGCAGUGAUCCAUGAAAUACAGAGAGUGUUAGACUUGGCCCCAACUGCUCUCUUCCACGCCUUGACCAAAGACAUCCAGUUUCGUGGAUACACCCUUCCAAAGGGCACCAUCAUCACCCCGUUCCUGACGUCGGUGCUUAAUGAUCCCUUGCAGUGGGAGACGCCGGAAAAAUUCAACCCCGGGCACUUCCUGGAUGAGGAGGGCCAGUUCCGCAAACGGGCGGCCUUCAUGCCAUUCUCAGCUGGAAAGCGUGUUUGCGCUGGGGAGAAUUUGGCUCGAAUGGAGCUCUUCCUUCUCUUCUCUGCUGUGCUCCAGAAAUUUACCAUCAAGCUUCCCCCAGGAGCCGAGCCUCGGGACGCCAAAUGGCUGCAUGAUAAUAAAAGUAUGGUGAUUGCAUCGGCCCAGCUGUGUGCCGUGCCCCGAGCAUCACCCACCAUGUAAUCUGCAACAUUCAUACCGUGUUUCCCCACAAAUAAGCCCGGGUCUUAUGUUAAUUUUGGCAACCAAAAACACAGUAGGGCUUAUUU